CCAAACAUUUAAAUGUCAAAUAAAAGCAAACAUAUAUUGUUUUUAUUGAGUAUCCUCCAAGUAGUAAUUAUUUUAAAUAGCUGUGUAAUCGAUUGUUAAAGAUGACUUCUACUUUAAAUACUGUUGGGGAGGAUAUGACAGAUACCGUUAUUAGAUAUGGAUUGUUUUUAGGUGCAUUGUUUCAAAUCGCUUGCUUCGUUGCUUGUAUUAUCAUGCCGGACACAAGCAAAGACCAGCAUUUAUUUAAUAAUCACAAGGGAAUUGAAAGCGAGGACUCGAGCUCUGAACAGUCAUCACCACAAAAUACACCCAGACGCCCUUAUCAUAGAACUCGUAAACAGGAUAAGAAAAAGAGGCGAUAGAUUUUUAUUCCUUUAGUGC